AUGAGCACUUGUCAGAUGUUUACCCCAGAUAUCCUGGUGUUAUUGUUCCUGACAAGCAUCCCCACAGCAUCAGCGAGUAGUCUCCUCCAGUACAACGCGACCCUCGACGAAGGACGAAUAGAAUGCAUCUACCCAAUCAACGGGCAAUAUGCCCUUCUCCAGCGAGUCCUAUACUAUGGCCUCCUUCUUUUCUCCAUCGUCAGUCGCAAAACUCCCUGGCUGGUGGCGGGUGCGCUGGGUGCGGCCAUGACCUACGCCGGAUCGGCCGCUGUUCAUGCCACCAUUCUCGCUGGCAUAUCGCGCAAUUCUCUGCUUGACCUGGAUUGUCUGGGAAUCUUUGCCAUCGUCAGCGUGGGAAGCUUAGUCGUGACGGUAUUUUUCCAUGGGUCCGAACUCCUGCGCGAAUCACCCGCUCGCCCGGUAUUUCAAUACUGGGGGUUACUGAUGGUGGUGGGAACAAUCUGCGCCGUUGUCGCGAUGUUGAGGGAUUAUCCCAGCGAGGAUAGAUGUACAUCUAUACCGAACGAUGCGACCAACGCCACAGAACCCAUAUUGCUGACGAGCACAGCACAAUUAAGCCUGAUGCGGUUCAACUGCACAUACGCCUGCUUCAGCACACAACAGGCCUUUCGAGACCCGAGCGGCAUUCGCGUGGUACCGGCUGGCACGGUAUUGAGUCAGAGAUACGGAUUAUUGGCAGUCUCAAUGUACCUCUCGAUAUUCCUCGGGGCCGUGGUGUCGCUCUACCGUCUCCUCUUGACGCCUCGCUACUAUACAAAGGACGAGCUGGAGCAAACACUCCGUUCAGCAAACAAGACUCUUGCAAAAAGCAACCUCCUCCCGAAACAGCGCCGCUACGCAAAACGGAUGCGGUCGAUGGCGCAGAAGAAGUUGGCUCGGGGUCAGAAGCGCCGCCGCCCGGGGUUGAUGACCGAUCUAUUGUCCAUCGUCUGUGUGGUCGUCAUCGUCUUGAACGAGGUCUUCAUACAAAUUAAUAAGGGGAUACCUACCAGCGAACCGCCGUACGCUGUGGGACAAUGGGGUCCAUGGGUAGCUGUGAUCAUGGCGUUGGCGGGCUCUGCCAUCGUGGAGUAUCACCGGCCAGCGUGGGAGGAGCGACAGCGGAUAUUGACGGCGGAGGGCGUCCUUGCGCAAGGAGAGAAUACUACAUCAUUGUGCUCUUCAGCAUGGAUACGCUUGAGAAGCCUAGCUGGGAAAUCGUCCACUGGGGUUGAUCCGGAGGCUGGAACGGUGCAGUGGCCAGAAGCAGCCUGGCGAAGGGGACUGCCUAGCUAG